AUUUUUCCCAUUCUCUUAGAAAUGCUGCAUGUUGCCCUUUCUUGAACGGACAGGGUGGGAGGCUUCUUGUGUUAUGGUGCAAAAGAGAGAAGGAUUUAGUUUUGCAUAGUGGUAAUGGUAGUUUUCCUAGGUCAGUGAUGAGCCUUGGCAUGUAUUAUCUGACUAAAGUUGAAGAUUACUGCUUUAGCUCUAGAAUUACUCUGAGACCUGGGAAAUGUACUAAUUUGCUUACUAGGCUAAAUAGGAGUACUGUAUGUCGGAGUACUUGAGGAUGAGUGGUGUCUACUGGGGACUGACAGUAAUGGAUCUCAUGGGACACCUGCACCGAAUGAGCAAAGAAGAAAUUCUAGCUUUCAUCAAAUCAUGCCAACAUGAGUGUGGUGGAAUAAGUGCCAGCAUAGGUCAUGAUCCUCACCUUUUAUAUACCCUUAGUGCUGUCCAGAUUCUUAUUUUAUAUGACAGUCUCCAGGUUGUUGAUGUAAAUAAAAUUGUGGAAUAUGUACAGAGCCUUCAAAAAGAAGAUGGGUCAUUUGCAGGAGACAAAUGGGGAGAAAUAGAUACAAGAUUUUCUUUCUGUGCUGCGGCAACAUUAGCACUUCUGGGGAAGUUGGAUGCUAUUGAUGUGGAAAAAGCCGUAGAAUUUGUCCUGUCCUGUAUGAACUUUGAUGGUGGAUUUGGUUGUAGGCCAGGAUCUGAAUCGCAUGCAGGGCAAAUCUAUUGUUGCACAGGAUUUCUGGCUAUAACAGGCCAGUUACACCAAAUAAAUGCUGACUUGCUGGGCUGGUGGCUUUGUGAACGUCAGUUACCCUCUGGGGGACUCAAUGGAAGGCCAGAGAAGUUGCCAGAUGUAUGCUAUUCAUGGUGGGUGUUAGCAUCCCUGAAGAUAAUCGGCAGAUUACAUUGGAUUGACAGAGAGAAACUGCGGUGCUUUAUCUUGGCUUGCCAGGAUGAAGAGACUGGAGGAUUUGCUGACAGACCGGGAGAUAUGGUUGAUCCUUUUCACACCUUAUUUGGAAUUGCUGGACUGUCUUUGUUAGGAGAAGAACAAAUUAAGCCUGUCAGCCCUGUCUUUUGUAUGCCUGAAGAGGUCCUUCAAAGAAUAAAAGUACAGCCUGAACUUGUGAGCUAGACCACAAAUGGCUUCUGUGUUGAGCUGCAUUGAUUUUAUUGAAUGGAAGUCAUCUGAAUAUUUGCAUUUUAUGUUUACAUUAAUACAGUAAAAUGGUUGAUUUACUGUAAGCUUUGUCACUUUGUAUGUGGACUAUGUCAAAAUUAGCUUGUUUUAAUUAUCUGGGUAUAAUAAUGUACUUUUAGAUUGUAUUAGCAGAUAUAGAAAAAAUUCUAAUCUGUAAUAUGUGGGCCUUUUUUGUACAUUUCAUUCUAAUAACACUGUUAAUAGUCACAGCAGUAUUAGAAUACUUGAAUGAAUUUUGUUCUCCACACCACCAUAAGAGCAUUUCUUGAUGAUAGAAGCAUGUAUUGACAGUAAGUAUGGAGCACUGACUGUAGAAAAAGAUGAUGGAACUUAUCAAGCCUUGUUUGUUAAUAACACUUAACUUUUGGUUUAAAUUAGCCAUUGUUUAAUACUGAUAGCAACUGGUGAUAGUGCAAAGAAAUAAUUCCUAGUUCACAUACUUACUGUCCUAAAGUCCUCUAACAAAACUUUUUUAAUACUUGAAAUACAAUCUGCUUUCAGUAUUUAUUGAGGUUUGCUGACACUUAGAUAAAGACUUCCCCUUUAACCUGCACCUCCAGUAUCCUAGGUGAGUGAUACAGGCUGUUUUGGGGUGGUUCCUCUAUUUUUGGAGAAGAUCUUUCAUCCCAAAACCAGGGCAGGACUUAAAAACAUCUCAAGUUUUCAUGAGACAGGAAAAUCCAUUCUAUUCAACUUGAGCAAUGAGAGUAGUAUGAUUGGAAUAGCUUGGGCAGUACAUUUCAAGAACACCAUUCUAGAGGGAGGGCCCAAGUCAUGCUCAAGAGCUGCUGUGCACUAUUUAAACAACAAGGCUGCUGACAGAUGUGGAAAAAACAAACAAACACAUGCUUUACCAGCAGCAGAAGAGGCAGCAAAUUAGCUCAACCCAGCUCUGCAGCAUCUGUAUAGAUCAGGUGCUUCAGUGGUGUUUUUAUCUAAUAGCUGAUUUAAUCAGAUAGAUAAAAGUGCCAAAAAAGCCCCACCUGAAGUGCCUGUUCUAUACAAACUAACACAAUGCUUCUUCUGGGCAUGUGCUGGGCUUGGCACAGGUGCACCCAGUUAGAAGUAAAGUACUGUUUUGUUCUGUUUUUUUAUUCUUGUAAGCAGCCCAAAUGUAGAAGCUUUUCAGACCUCAUCCUUUGCACUUCUUUUGCGUGUAUGUGUGUGUGCCAGACAAUCACAGUGAUUCCUGUUCUACUUCAACACUGAAUUUUGGUGUUAGACAAGAAUAAAGAAACUGUUUGAAAACCCA